AUGCAAGAUGGAUCAGAAGGCUUUUAUCGAGUUGAUGUUGAUGUUCCUGCUGAUGAUUGGGCUAAAAUUGCCGGAUUCUAUGAUGUUCUGGUGUUUAAUACUGGUCACUGGUGGAAUAAUGACAAAUUUCCAGAAGAGAAGCCUCUCGUCUUCUAUCAAGCAGGACAAGCAAUAGUUCCGCCUCUUGGGAUGUUAGAUGGACUCAAAGUUGUUCUUGCUAAUAUGAUCACAUACAUUCAGAAAGAAUUUCCUAGAAACACCCUUAAAUUCUGGAGAUUACAAUCCCCAAGACACUUUUAUGGUGGUGACUGGAAUCAAAAUGGGAGCUGCUUGUUCAACAGGCCCCUUGAGGAGAAUGAGACCCAGGAACAACGGNAGUUUCUGGGUCGGAUGAGGAACAGGAACAUUGGGUUUGUUGGGGACUCCCUCAACGAGAAUUUCUUGGCUUCUUUUCUCUGCACUCUCAGGGUCGCCGAUGAGGGAGCCAAAAAGUGGAAAAAGAAGGGUGCUUGGAGGGGUGCCUAUUUUCCCAAAUUCAAUGUCACCGUCGCUUAUCACCGUGCUGUUUUGCUCUCCAGAUACCAGUGGCAGCCAAAACAAGCAAAAGGUGGGAUGCAAGAUGGAUCAGAAGGCUUUUAUCGAGUUGAUGUUGAUGUUCCUGCUGAUGAUUGGGCUAAAAUUGCCGGAUUCUAUGAUGUUCUGGUGUUUAAUACUGGUCACUGGUGGAAUAAUGACAAAUUUCCAGAAGAGAAGCCUCUCGUCUUCUAUCAAGCAGGACAAGCAAUAGUUCCGCCUCUUGGGAUGUUAGAUGGACUCAAAGUUGUUCUUGCUAAUAUGAUCACAUACAUUCAGAAAGAAUUUCCUAGAAACACCCUUAAAUUCUGGAGAUUACAAUCCCCAAGACACUUUUAUGGUGGUGACUGGAAUCAAAAUGGGAGCUGCUUGUUCAACAGGCCCCUUGAGGAGAAUGAGCUUGACUCAUGGUUUGAACCCAGGAACAACGGAGUUAACAGGGAAGCAAGACUAUUGAAUUAUGUGAUUGAAGAAGCAUUAGAAGGCACAGACAUUCACUUGCUUGACUUAACUCAUUUAAGUGAGUUCAGAGCUGAUGCUCAUCCAGCAAUUUGGUUAGGAAGGAAAGAUGCAGUUGCAGUAUGGGGUCAGGAUUGCAUGCAUUGGUGUCUGCCUGGUGUUCCCGACACAUGGGUCGAUAUAUUGUCACAGCUGAUCCAUGAUGGCUUAGAAAAGAGCUGACGGGCCACUGAAAGUAAAGAACCUGUUCCAUUGGAAUGUUACAUAGCAUGAACAGAAAACUUCCUCUGGUAUGUUGUGUUGGGGGCCAUGCAGCCAAGUUCUGUGACCAGGAUACGAGAAUUUUGGGUUGUGCUUGAAAUGUGCAAGGCUGAUCUUGCUUGGAAGGAAAGCUUCAAUGGAGGAAGGAAGAGACUAAUUGGUCGACCAUAUGCUAUACUGAACAGGCCCGAUCUAAAUGCCAUUCAUCAUAGGCUUUUAACUUGUUAAAUUCUAGCGGUAACUCCUUUCAUUCAGAUUAUUUUGUUCAUAUUAUCAGUGAUAAAAAAAAAAGAAUUCCUGAAUCUUCUGUUCAAAA